AUGGCGCCUGCCGGACCAAGGGUGCAGAAGCCUGUGGGCUCUGCAGCAUGGAUUUCAACCGAGAAGGAGAACUUUGCGCAGCUGGUCGAUCAGGAGAUGGAAGAGAUUGAGUAUCCUGUGCGCCAUGAAAUGGAUUGGUUGAAUGAGCACAUGGCAGAGGUGUUCGCCAGCAAUCAAUUCAAUCUUACAGACGUGUUCAAAACUCCCGGAAAGCUCCGAGGUAAGACACCUCGAACAGCACGGAAGCGGAAUGUAAAUGAGAACAGAAUUCCUUUGAGUGAGAUCUUCACAACAUCUCAUAAUCAAGGAGACCGCAGUCGUAAUGUCAGCCCCGCCCGUUCACCCGUCAAACCCUCCGCUGCGCCUAUCACAAGUGCGCCGUCGGAGCCAAAAGUCUCUCCAGCCAAGACGAGGGAUGCCGCGGAGAAUAUCUCGCAGCCUCAAUACCCUGAUUUAAGCCAGAACUUGAACUCGUUCCCCCAGUAUAACACUGAUUCUGGCUACCAUGGCAUGCCGGACGAUGAAGGGGAGGAUCAGGACGAUGAUGUGGUUCUCACCCAAGUGCAGUCGGAGACGCAGACAUCCACCCAGCCUGUCGAAGACGAGCCCGUAACCGCCAACGAAAACCGAAACGAACCACAGCGACAGUCUGUUGAUCGUCGUACAACAACUGCUUCAUUCCAUUCAGCUCAGGAAGACGUACGGCAACGCGGAGAGACGAUCGAGCCUAUGGGGGAGCCUGUGGAGGCUAUCAACAAUGAGACAACGCCAAGACAGGAGAAGGCGGCUUCUUCCACGCCUCAGCCAGACGAAAAGCAGCCGGAAGCAUUCGUCGUGGCAGAUCCGGCACCAGAGGGGGAACCAGAGGCCGAGUCGGAGUCCGAGUCCAAGCCACGGGCGGAACCACAAACAUCGCCAACCAAGUCUUCUCCAAUGAAACGACCAGCAGCUCCGGUGGAAGAAGAUCCGGUGGAAGAAGAUAUCCACGAAAAGGACGACACGCCUCUUGACUCCCUGGAUGACAUCGGCACGCCUUCGGACAACUCCACUCCGGAAAGACCUCCCAUCCGCAAGAGCAGUCUGAGCUUUGCAUCGCUCCCUGCACGGGAGCCACUAUUGAAGAAGAGCUUGGGUGGCUCGAGACUCUCUCGCACAAGCCACGUUGAUAUUGCUAGAGUGAAUAAUGCUGCAGGUCCUAGUUCAUUUGGUCGGCAGACCGGUGGACACAGAAAUACCGCUGUGGAUGAGGAGCCAGCGCUGGAUGACGAUAUGGACAUUGAUGAAGGUAGAAGAGGUGCUCAGCUGCAGGAUGAUAUUGAGGCAGAAGCAGACGCCACAGCUAGCAAGGCCCAUACCAAGUCUUCCACUCAGAGACUUCACGAAAAGAUUAGCAUGCUUGGCAAACUUCAACCCUCGCGGCCCACGAAGUCCAUCCCAUCCGUUUCAGGUCUAUCCUCCGCUCACGUUGUUUAUCCCGAGCUCCCGGCAGCCAGUGCAAAGUCAGAGGUACUCAAUCAGGAAUCUCGCGAGCCGGCUGCACCGGAGCCUAUGGCAAUCGACGCGGACGACUGGAUCAAGCCAAUAGAGUCUCCGCAGAAAGCACAUGCUCCCAGAAGCCCGAAAACGGAAGUGAAGGUGAAAGAGCCCACGAAUGAAACGAGUCGUGCACACAGUGAGAAGGUUUCGCUACCACGAACUCAGAAUCAGAUCGACGCGGACGCGGCGAGAGCCAGCAACCGAAACGUCGCAGAAUCAAUCCGUGAAAAGUCUUCAACACCAGCUUAUUCUUCACCCCAACGGCCUGCUCAUCAGAAGAGUGCGUCAGUGUCCAACAGGAGCCACCACGCUUCCACAACACCAGUGGGGUCUCCCGCUGCCGAGCGUGAUGAUGGCCCUCUGAGCGCAUCCAAGUUGAAACUUCAAUCCAUCAUGAGAUCUGCCAAAGGUCUGUUUACGAACACUGGCAGUGUGACAGCUGCAGCAAGAUUAGAAGCGUCCUCGCCUGAUGAGCUAGGGUUGCAUUCGUACAAUCGUGCAAGCGCUGAUGCUGGUCGUGAAACACAAGAUCGCCGGCCAGUCCAGAUAUCUAGUCCUCUUCCUCGACAGGAAGGGCGCAGAACGCGAAGCUCGACAGAGAGGGAAGAAAAGCGCAAGCAAAAAGAGCUUGAAGAUCGUCGUCGAGAAGAGGAGGAGGCGGAGAAAGCGCGGGUAGAGGAACGCCAGAGAGCCCUUCAGUUGAAGAUUGCUCAGGAAAGGGCGCGGAUGGAAGAAGAGGAACGUAACGCUCCUCCUUCGGCAGCCGCCGCUCCAGCAAGCUCGAAGAAGGCACAGCCGCUGCAGAGACAUCAAUCCAGAGAGCCCGAGCCCAGCCAUGAGACUAGUUCUCGAGCACCCAGUCGAAUGUCCGUCUCCCAACAGCAGUCAAAGCAGAACGAUCGGCGCCCUGUCAAGCCCACUCGUGAAGUUCUCCAGAAACCCAAGCCUCAGCCCGUCUCCAUUCGUGUUGGCAGCGCGCUUUCGCGCCAGAUACCACUGGCAUCCACUUCUGUGGCGUCUAGCGCUCCGGAGCCCAGUGCUUCUGUCGCUGUACCGCCCUCGGCUUCCAAGCCGCCAACUCUCAAAAAGAAGGCCAGCAAUUCUUCUUUACAUACCGCCUCUUCAAAUAGCAGUUUCAAGAGCUCAGUCUCCAGCCAAUCGCAGCGCAAGGUUCAGCUUGCGAACGAGAGGAAGAGGGAGCAGGAAGAAAGAGAGGCGCGCCGCAGGGAGGAGCAGAGACGUGAGGUAGAACGCAAGCGAGCUGCUCAGCAGCAAGAAGACGCGCGUCGUCAGGAAAUGCGCAGCCGAGCAGAGGCCGAACGUCGGGAAAGGCUUGCUGCUGAGGAUGCGAAGAAGGCUGCCCAGAUACAGGCGAUCGAGAAGCGGAGACAGGAAAAUGCACGGAGAUUGGAAAGACAGGGCAGUCAACAACCUACUAGUGAACGGGCUUCAAUUGUCCAGCCAGAGAGACCUCUUUCACAGGCUGCCAGACCCGCGUCACGGCUUGGAUCCAUCCAACCUUUCAGUCGGACGAUCAACCCUCCUCAACCCAAUCCGGCCAAACCACCAAAGAGAGGGUUGGAUGAGGAAACCAACUACCGUCCCGCGGCUAUGAAGUCCAGUACUGUCCAACCUUCCGGGGAAUCCAAGCGCAGGAAGACGGAAGACGAACACAACCCUAUGUCCGCCAUUCGACCCACAAUGGCCCCACCCAUCAGACAGUCGGGUAUCCGCAAGGAAUCCAUGAAACCUCCCAUGUAUGGUCACGGACAGACGUCUACGCAUCAGCAAGGCUCUUCGAUCUUCAAAACCGCCCAGCCCCAAAGGCCAGCUCACCCCAUGGAUAUGGCAAAGUAUGCAAGCGGCAAGAUACCCUUCGCAGAACCAAGCAAUGCCGCGUCUCAGCUGCCUGGGCAUAAGACUCCAGGAGCCAGCUCGUCUCAAAGGGCACCGGCGAAGCCAUCUCCCAACUAUCCCAACGGCGAGAACAUUCAUCUUCCCGAGAUUGCUACCGAUAGUGAGGAUGAGGAUUCGGAUGCGGAGAUGCUCCCCGUGCCCAAGUGGGCUCAGCCUAAGGAGCUCGAGAACAUCCUUCGCCAGCAGGAAGGCAUGGAGGCGGACUCGAUCUUUGGUCCCAUCGCUCCGUUCUCACUGGAGGAGACUUUCAAGGCGGACAAGAAAAUCAAGAAAUUCCGUGAGCGUACCAGCAGCGCCAACUGGUCUGGUGCCGAUGGGCUGACCCAAGAGGAAAUCCGUCGUGACCUCGCCGAGCGUCAACGGCUGAGACUCAACGGCGGCUGGACCUUUAACUCAUAA